AUGAUGAACGGGGCAGCGGCGCCCGAGCCCACGGAGGCCCCGGCCCCGUCCCCCCAGGUGCCGCUCGACUGGAGGUUCUCGCAGGUCUUUGGCGAGCGUGGCGCCGGCGAGGACGUCCAGGAUGUUGACAUCAUCUCUGCAAUAGAGUUCAAUAAAUUAGGACAUCAUCUUGCCACUGGAGACAGAGGUGGCCGAGUUGUUUUGUUUGAAAGGACAGAUGCCAAAGAUCACGUCUCUAGAAAAGAUGCUGAGAAAGCCGAUUAUUCUAUCAGCAGGCAUCCAGAAUUUCGUUACAAAACUGAGUUUCAAAGCCAUGAACCAGAGUUUGAUUACCUUAAAAGCUUGGAAAUUGAAGAGAAGAUUAACAAGAUAAAGUGGUGCCAAGAAACGAAUGGCGCAUCGUUUCUUCUGUCCACAAAUGACAAAACGAUCAAGUUUUGGAAGGUCCAAGAAAAGAAGGUUAAAAAAAUAUGUGAGAUGAAUAUGAACCCUUCAAAUGCUCCUGCAAAUGGUAGCCCUGUUGGCAGUACUAUGUGUGGUUCAAGCGCACGUACUCCAAAUGGUGGAAUUUUGAAGCCUGGUGGACUUCCUUUACUUCGCCUGCCUGUGGUAGUUACAAGCCAGGAAACAAGUCUCGCUGCAAAUUGCCGUAGAGUCUAUGCUCAUGCACAUGAUUACCAUAUCAAUUCCAUUUCAAAUAACAGUGAUGGUGAGACAUUUAUAUCAGCAGAUGAUUUGCGGAUAAAUCUUUGGAAUUUGGAAAUUAGCAAUCAAAGUUUCAACAUUGUUGACGUUAAACCAACGAACAUGGAGGAUCUCACCGAGGUUAUAACAUCUGCGGAGUUCCACCCUUCUCACUGUAAUACACUGGCAUAUAGUAGCUCAAAGGGCUCCAUUCGACUCGUUGACCUGCGGCAGUCAGCUCUUUGUGAUACUCAUUCCAAACUCUUUGAGCAGCAUGAGGCCCCAGGUUCAAGAUCCUUUUUUACUGAGAUUAUAGCCUCAAUUUCUGACAUAAAGUUCUCCAUGGACGGGAGACAUAUUCUUAGUCGUGACUACAUGACUUUGAAGCUAUGGGAUGUUAAUAUGGAUUCUGGUCCAGUUGCAACGUUCCAGGUUCACGAGUACCUAAGGCCUAAGUUAUGUGAUUUAUAUGAAAACGACUCGAUUUUUGACAAAUUUGAAUGUUGUCAAAGUGGCGAUGGGUUGCGAGUAGCAACUGGUUCUUACAGCAAUAUUUUCCGAGUGUUCAAUUGUGGUGCUGGUGGCAGUGAGGUGACAACACUUGAAGCAACUCGAAACCCUACAAGAAGGCAGAUUCAGAAUCCCGCACGGCCUGCGAGAUCUCUAGGUAGUCUUACAAGGGUUGUUAGACGAGGUGCAGAGAACACUGGAAUAGAUGCGAACGGGAACUCCUACGACUUAAGCACAAAACUGCUCCAUUUGGCAUGGCACCCGUCCGAGAAUUUAAUUGCCUGUGCUGCAGCCAACAGCUUGUACAUGUACUAUGCGUAA